AUGAAGCAACGCUGGCGCUUUAGUGGCUCUUCGUUAAAUGUUUUGGGUAGCCUCCAUGGAAUCAAAGCUGAAGUUGAAUUCAGGUGGAUCAAAUUGCACUACAACCCAGUAGGAGAUGGCGGCAAACGACCAAGAUUUAGCGAAAAGUUCGUUGAUGAAGAAAAUAUGGCCCGAAAAAAAUUCUGA